AUGACACCUCUCAAUCAUGCCUCGCCCUUCGAGCCUCCGGAACCACCUCCAGGAACCGCCUCCCUAAGAUUGCCAAAGAUCAGGGCUUCCACCGAUACUUUGACGUCUUCCGCAUCUACCCUACCAUACCGAGCUUCAAAUGGCUCUGUCUCCUCUCUAUUCGCCUCCACGUCGACGCCUUCAGGCUCUCGGUCUGUGUCUCCGAGCGGCCUUGGAACCCCUUCACGAAUGUCAGGCUCUGUCUUUGGCGGGACACCGGGGGAGGGCCCUGAGCUAGCAGGGGCAGACAGACCGGAAGAUCCUCGUAAUCUUAUCCUCCAGGCUUUUGUGCCCCAUAUAGCGGUUCAUACUUCCUCGGAUACACAAGAAUUGGUGAAGGACAAAGGCUUUGAAGGUGGGUUGUGGGAAUUACUGCGGCCGUUUGGAGAACGAGUACAGGGGAAGGUUACGGUGCGGGACAGCAUAGGUGCGGGAAAAUCAUGGGAAGAUUUUGCUGUACGAUUUGUUCAGUUAGGAGAUGGGCAUGAGGUUUCUGAAGGAGUGUCAGGGUCUCGUAGAAGUGGAGAUGGGAAGGUUCCAAUAUCGAAUGGGAACAAGUCAAUACCGUCGUCUAUUGUAGCCCAGCGAGCCAGAACUGGAGGGGAUAUUGUUCCCAUUGAGACUCUGGUUGAUCGACACUUGACGCAUGCGGAGGAAUAUCCGAAUAUGGAUGGGGACGAUUACUUGACAUAUAAAGACUCCCACCUGAGGGGCUCCGACGUGCCUUCGCCAUUCUAUACUUUAUACCUCCGAAGACUGUUAUCUGGGAUCCCUUUGGCGCCUCACGAGACCUUUGCUCACCCAGUGGCAUGUGUUAUUGCAAUCAGUUCGAGAAACACAAGCCCCAUCGAGACGCUUCGUAAGCUGUAUGAUGAGUCGAGCUACGGGGAGAAACGACUGCCUUUAUGGGUAAACAACGAGUACUUGAGGUAUUAUGUUCUCGUACAUGACGAGGAGCGAGACGACAUUACGAAAUCCAUCACUCUAUUUGAGCAAAUGAAGCGUCAUUUUGGUCUUCAUUGCCAUCUUCUGAGGCUGAGGAGUACACAGUGUGUGUCAUCGGACGAUGACAGCGUCAAACUUCCUCGCUGUGAGUGGCUAUCAGCUUCAGAAGAGAUGGCUGUCAUCCGAGCUCGAGAAUUGGAAGAGGAGGUGGAAGACCCGCACCCAUUCAUCUUUGAGUCUGAUACCACUGCCAUCAGAACGUUCAUUCGAGAAAUGGUUACUCAAUCUAUUGUCCCUUCAAUGGAAAGAUGUGUGGCUACCUGGAAUGACCAGGUCGCUUCUCGACGGCGAGGUCUUAGCGGUCGCAUUACCAAUAUUACCAAAAAAUGGUCUGUUUUUGGAGGAAGCUCUCGGGCAUCCUCGAGUGGAUCAACCUCGAGCGGUGGUAGCGGCAACUACGACUCAUUACAGGGCUUCUACCGACCUGACACACCUGAAGCUAUCAUGCGGAAACUGGCUGACUAUGCUUUCAUGCUUCGAGAUUGGAAGCUCGCACAGUCAACUUAUGACCUGCUGCGAUCUGAUUUUAAUAAUGAUAACGCAUGGAAAUAUCACGCUGCUGCGAAUGAGAUGACAGCAAUCAGCACGCUGAUGAAUGCACAAUCAAUGAGCUCGAAGAUCAGGUCGGAAACCAUAGACAAGUGGUUGGAAGCUUCUCAAUACUCCUACAUCACCAGGUGCGGAGCGCCUUAUGGUGCACUGCGAUCCGUAGCAUUGGUUAUGGAGCUGCUCAGAUUGCGAGGUGGCUCGGCAACAGAGGAUGCAGCCAAUUGGGGCCAACGAUUGCUAGAUUUGAGAGUGGUUGGUGUUGUCGGCGAUGCUUUGGUCAGAGAACGUGUCGCGGCAUGCUAUGCUUCAAAGCAUGGCUCCGGGUCCGGGAUGUGGGGAGCCAGGCUGAGAAAAUCUGCCUGGUGGAGCAUUCGAGCAGCGGAUGCAUGGUUGACUCUCGGUAAACCUCAGCAAUCAAAACAACGUCUGGACGAUGCCAUUGCAAAAUACUCAUCUAUGGCAAACAAAGACAAUAUCUCGAACUUUGCUGCGGCGAGUGAUUUUAUACAGUCUCUACAGAGAGAAAUCCAGUUGGCACUGUACCCUGAAUCUGGCAUUGAAGGGCCCGGUGUGGAGGACCUGAUCGACACGUCAAUAGAAGAAAGUCAGGCCUUCACUUCACGUCCACAUCGAAGGAGUCUGAUGGGUGCAGCACCACCAAUGGCGAGUCUCGAAUCGGCUCCUCUCCAUGGAGAUCUAUUAGAAGAAGGUGAGGGUGAGGCACCGAAACCUGACCAAUUUGAGUGA